AUGCGCAGCCUUUCCCUGGCUGCAGGGCUAAUGGCGCUCUGUUUGGCGGCCAGUCACACACUCGCUUAUCAAGCAGCUUUCACCCUACCAACGCGGGACCAGCCUCAGCGAUUGACAUUUGCAUCCACCUCGUCGUCUUCCACGCCCACCUUUGCCGGUCAGAAAGUGGUCAGAUUCAGCACUGCGACUAGCUCUCAGCAUCGGCAGCUGCUCGAGCAGGCGCAUCGAUUGCAGCUGGAUGUAUGGGCUGCUCAGCUCGGCGAGGCUUGUGGCUUGCAAUCCUCCGGUUUUGGAUGCGUCGACAUCCGCCUAGCCGCCGACACACACAAUGAGGACCCUUUCCGCUCGUCGGCAUCCACAUCGGCGGAGGACAUCAUGGCGAGCUUGAUGCAGCCUUUUGCGGACGAGGCAGAGCAGAUAAGCGCUAGGACCAUGAUCGACGAUCUCGAGCAGCUCGUGUCGGUGCAGCAGCAACGAGUGGAUGAAGCGAGGACAGGGCAAGCCAUGCGUGGCCAGGCGUGGCAUAAGGACUAUCACAAUUUGGACGAGAUAUCGAGCUACAUGCAUAUGUUGCAGCAGGGUUAUCCCGGCUAUGCCAAGGUGGUUGAGAUUGGAACGACGCAUGAAGGAAGGGCCAUCUUGGCGCUCAAGGUGUCGAAAGGCUUGGAAACGGAGCCACAACCACCGUCGCCGUCGCCGCCUACCGAACCCAGUCCUGAACCUGAACCGGAGCCGCAGCCAGAUCCGCCUUCCAAUACCACCUCAGUCCCAGCUUCUGAUGCCGCCAAGUUGGGCAUCGUUAUCACGGGUGGCCAGCACGCUCGCGAGUGGAUCUCCACCUCCGCCUCUCUCUUCUUCGCCUCCGAUCUGCUUCACGCCGCUCUCGGCAAUCCUACCACCAACGCCACUGACGAUGCUCUGCUCUCCACGCUCAAGAAAGGUCGAAAGGGCGGGCGCAAAGGCCGAAAGAAGAAACAGACUCCCACAUGGACCCGUUCGCAGGCCCGUGCCAUCCUUUCGACCUUUACUAUCACCGUGAUCCCUGUCGCCAAUCCGGACGGGUACGUCUACUCGUGGGACAAGAACCGCAUGUGGCGCAAAAACCGCCAGCCCAACAAGUUCCCCUCCGGACUGUUCUGCAAAGGCGUCGAUCUGAACCGCAACUACGACUACGCCUUUGCCUCGAGUGCGUUGGCCAGUCCGUGCUCGGAGAUGUACGCGGGCACUGCGGCGUUCAGUGCCGCAGAGACGCGGGCGCUCGCCGCGUAUCUGCAGGACGAAGGAAACAAUGUCAGAGGCUUUUUCGACCUGCAUUCGUACGGGCAGCUGAUGAUGUAUCCGUUUUCGUUCUCGUGCGACCACCCGGUGGCGGACGAGGAGGAUCUGCUCGAGCUGUCGCUCGGCGCCGUGUCGGCGCUCAAGCGCAAGCACGGCCGCCAGUUCACCGCGGGCAAAGUGUGCCAGGUCUACGCGGCGGGAGGCGGCAAUGCGGUGGACUGGAGCUACGCCGCCACCAACUCGGUCGACGGCGUCGAGGGCGCCAAGCGCAGGAUCAAGUGGAGCUACAGCAUCGAGCUGAGGGACGGCGGCACGUACGGAUUUCUGCUCCCGCCCAAGCAGAUUGUCCCCGCCAGCCAGGAGCUCGCUGCCGCUCUGGCCUACAUGCUCGAGUUCAUCGCCAAGAAGGACGGCCGUUAG